AUGGCAGAUGAUAAAGAUAACAAGGAUAAUAAAGAGGAACAACAUGAGAUGAAUGAAGUGAAUGGAAAUCCAGAAGAUGUAAAUAUUGAAAUCCCAUCUCUCUGUAGUAACAGUAAAAUGAAGAUGAAUUUUUCGUUUGUGGGAUUUUUGUGAUGAGCUAGUGUAAUACGGUUGGGACCCGUUUCUCUUCUGGAUUUUUUCCUGAAGGGAGGAGGCGGAUGUAUACAAAUUACGGCAUUCCUAGUUAGAAUAAGGGAAGACUGUUGUUGUGGCUCGCAGCUUGUUAUAGAAGAAAGUUUCAGAAUGACUGUAGAUUAUCAGUCAGUGCAGUGAGGAGGGACCAGUGUUCUGUGAAUUUAGGAGAAUAGUGGCCAAAAUGAGCACAUAAACAUGUUAUGACUGUCGUGUUCAUAUUAGUCACACUCUUAGCAAAUUUAUUACUUGCUGGACUAACAUGUAAGCAUUUAGAUCCAACCUCAGGAAAAUCAAUUUGAAUUUUGUUCUGUAAAUUAUAGUCUUAUAUAUACGGUAUCCUUUAUCUUAUUUCAAAUUUAACUUUUUUUUCAAAUUGCUUCAACAGGAUGUUAAGGAAGAUGGUGACAAGGCAGCAGCCACAACUCCUCUUGUUAAACAUGAACCUGCAGCUGCUGAUGAUAAAAAAGGCAAAAAGGGAAAGAAGGGUGAAAAGAAGGACAAACUUGAUGAUCUGAAACAGGAACUGGAAAUGGUAGAGUCCACUCUCAUGCUCAGGCUGAUGUAUGGCAAUAAUAUCCUAUUCUAACUAUUGCUUCCACUUUUCAGGAGUGGCACAAGAUUCCACUGGAUGACCUUGAAAGUAAACUUGAUACUGAUCUUACUAAAGUAAGUGAAAUCAUUUUGAUCUGUCCCUAAUGGUUGUUUUGUUUUCUACAUGUACAACUACUCAUUAAGAUCUACAUGUCCUUUGACAACAUGCCUAGAGUUCACUGGCUUUUAAAACAGGUCUUUCUUGUUCACUUGGGUAGCGAGAAGUCGCUUCAUCCCACCUGCUCACAGAGACAGCCACAUAAGAGAACUUAUUAUAAUAAAUAAAUUCUCUUGGGUUACCAGGUUUAUGAUGUUUCUGUGAUUUAGUCUCAUAUAAAUAUUUUCCAGGGUCAUACGCAGGAGAAGGCAGAUGAGCUGUUUGAACGUGAUGGUCCUAAUGCACUGACUCCCCCACCCACCACCCCUGAGUGGGUGAAGUUCUGUAAACAGCUGUUUAGUGGCUUUGCUUUGUUGUUAUGGAUUGGCGCUAUUCUCUGCUUUAUAACCUACGGAAUCAAACUGGCAACAAUUGAAGAACCUGAAAAAGAUGAUGUAAGAAUAGUUUUUGUCGGUUUCUUGGCAAACCUUGUGAAUACCCUAAUUCUUAUCAGUUUGUUUUUAUCAAGAAUACUAUACAAUGUAUGCAGCAUAAUGUGACCUUUUAAACAGUUGAUCAACAACGGUCACUUUGUGUCAAAUUUUCAGGGUAAACAGUAACAAAAGUUGAUACAGUACUGAGGAAAUGUGAUAAAAAUUGAUUUUACUGGAAGCAUAUCCCUACUGUCACUACUGUCUGUAGUGUUAUUUUCCUAUGGUUUUCCAUUGUCCAGGCCCUUAUCUCAACACACAAUAUAUGAGUUUGCUCUCUUGAUGUCAGGCUGCUAAUGACCUAAAUUAUUACUAUUUUUUGAUGACAAAAAUUAAUAGUAUUAAUUGGUUUGCAAGGCUGUCUUAGCUCCAUUUUUCCUUGCAUUCAUAACCAUAAUUUGAGAUGUAAAGCUGCAGGCUACUAGUCUUGUAUGAAAUACUUACCCCCCUAAUGAAUGUGUAAUCUAAUGAAGGCCAUGUCGUAAUAUUAUUUUAGCUUUACCUGGGUAUAGUGCUGGCCACAGUGGUUAUCAUCACAGGAUGUUUCUCCUACUAUCAGGUCAGUUUCUUUUCCCCUGCUACUCUCUUAUUAUAGUUAACCAAAACUGAAAUUUAAGGAAAGCUUUAUGUAAAGUUGAGAUACUGAACUUAAAUACUAAGCCUACAUAAAUUUAACCCCAGUACGAAAGGAUAAAACCUCUAUCUUUGCCAUUUGGCAAAGAUAGAGUGACUGGUCCAAAGUUUGACUAAGAGCUCCGAAAUUGCCAUUUAUGUUGCCUUAAAUUAUUGAUUUGGUUAGGAAUUGGUGCUAGCUAGUAAAAGGAAAGGAUUUAAUAACUCUGCAACCAAGCUUUUCUGUCAUUUAUUUAUUGAUUUACCAUUACAGCAACCCCUCCCUCAUGCAUAUGAAGGAUUAUGUAUUUUGUUUGGAAUUGGGGUGGGGGAAUAACACUGCUUUAAGUUCCUUUUGCCCUUCACCCAGCCCCAUUUUCCUCCUCUUAACUGUAAAGACAUUGCUCAUAGUCCAUGUGUGCCCAUUUUGUUAGUAUUUGGGUUAGGGAACUCUUUUGAGAGUUUGUGACUUAAAGAGAAGGUUAAUAUUCAAGCUACCAGGGAUGAUCCUAUGAUAAAGAGAAAAAAAGAAGGUCUACCAUAAAAACGUUCUAAUUUCACUGAUUGCUGAUUACUUUUUUGAGUAAAGGAGGCCAAGAGCUCAAAGAUUAUGGAAAGCUUCAAGAAAAUGGUUCCACAGGCAAGUUUAUUCAGUUUUCUUCAUUGCAGAGGCUUCUGGGUCUGUUAGGUCUGUUUUAUGUUAGGGCAAAAUCAACGAAAAUGUAUUGAAGAAAUCAUGGCAAUAAGGUUUUGGUUCUUAGAAUUAAAAAGCAGUUUAUUUUGAAGUAUGCAUAAUUUUAUCAUCACAAAUAUAUUCCAUUACAGGAAGCCACUGUUCUGCGUGAUGGGGAAAAGCACAACAUAAAUGCAGAAAAGCUUGUCAUGGGAGACAUCAUCUAUGUGAAAUUUGGAGAUAGAGUACCAGCUGAUAUUCGUGUUAUUGAAGCUCAGGGUUUCAAGGUAGGCUUUACAAAUUGGGGCUGUGUCUAAUUACGAUUUUUCUAGAGAAGUCAGUGUUAUGAACAAUAUAAUGCAUGCAUGUACUAGUUUAAUUUUUGAUUUUGUUUCUGUGUUAAACAAGGUGGAUAACUCUUCUCUGACUGGGGAAUCAGAACCUCAAGCUCGCACACCAGAGUUUUCCCAUGAGAAUCCCUUAGAGACAAAGAACUUGGCGUUUUUCUCCACAAAUGCAGUUGAAGGAACGUGCACAGGAGUUGUUGUCCAGAUAGGAGAUGAUACCGUCAUGGGUCGCAUUGCCAACUUGGCAAGUGGAUUAGGAUCAGGAAAAACUCCCAUUGCUUUGGAAAUUGAACAUUUUAUCCAUAUCGUCACUGGUGUUGCUGUUACUCUUGGAGUGACCUUCUUUAUUCUUUCCUUGGUUCUAAAAUACUCCCCACUUCAAUCUGCCAUAUUUUUAAUUGGAAUAAUUGUGGCUAAUGUACCUGAGGGCCUUCUUGCAACUGUUACGGUAAUUUUGCUUUUACUAUAGUUGGAACUACUAUGUAAAGAGCACUUAUCUUUGUACAUGUUGAAGGGUUAAAUUUGAUUUCAGGUUAAUUUUGAUUUAACUUAGGGUGAUUCUCAAUUUCCUUUGUCAACUAGCCCUAAGGGACAAAGGAAAUUGAGAAUCGAUCUAGGUUAAAAAAUUUUAACCUGGAAUCAAAUUUAACCUGUAACAUACACAUUGCACUAUCAACACUUGCUCUUCUCUUUCUCUAACAAUUCUUGAUGCAUGUUUUAAAGGUUUGUCUUACUCUGACUGCAAAACGCAUGGCUGCCAAAAACUGCUUGGUAAAGAACCUUGAAUCUGUUGAAACGCUUGGAAGUACAUCAACAAUCUGCUCAGAUAAGACUGGAACACUGACACAGAACAGAAUGACAGUGGGUAUGCUGACAUGUCAAUACUGUGUACAUAAAUCUGUAUGAAGUCAGAGAAGAGUAACAGUUAAGGUAGCAUCAUUAAUUACCCUUAUGUGUACGUGUAUGUUUUCUCCUAUAGCUCACAUGUGGUUUGACAAUAAAAUCUUUGAAGCGGAUACUACAGAGGAUCAGUCAGGAACUCCUAUGGAGAAGGUAGUUUACACAAUGUUAUGUUAUAUUUUAUUAUGAAACCUGAUGAUUCAGUUAUUUAACCCGAAUCAAUAGAAACCUUUGUAUGGCUUGUCAUGGUGAUGCUCACAGUUGGAGAAAAGUGACCUUCAGAAACUUUACUAGAAUAGACCCUUCCAGGGUGUUUUGAACUUUUGACAUGUAGCAGUGAGGGAAAAUCUGUUGACACCACUGGAAAGACCACCUUAAAAUUAGUAAAACUGCCACCAAAUUUGAAAGUGACACCUCUUAUAAGGCAAGAAAAGACAUAGCUCCUCAAAGUUGCACAAAUUUACAAACAUCUGUAAAAUUUUGUGAAUUUGAAUCACUUCCAAAGUUGGCAAUUGUAAUAAUUAUUAGUACAAUUCCCAAGUUUGAAUAAGAUUUGUGGAAAACUAACUAAAAUAUAGCUCCUCAAAGUCACAAGCUUUUUUUAAGGUUUUCUUUUCAGUGGUAUCAAAGGAUUUUCCCUACCUUAUCCAUAUCAAAAUUUGAGAAAACCAUGAAAGAGUCUAUUAAAAGUUUUGUAUUAUUUUGGUAUCUUGCAGUCACAAACAUGGACUGCAUUGUCCAGAAUUGCUGGUUUGUGUAAUCGUGCUGAGUUUAGAACUGGCCAAGAUAACGUCCCUGUGCUAAAAAGGUAAGAAACUUAUGUCCAUCUAAUGAAAUUUUCAGUUUUCUCUUAGUCUUAACUUAUUUUUUGCUUCCUCAUUGUCUGUAUGUAUAUGUCUGUAUAAUUGAGAAACAUUUUUGUUUGUUUUUGUCUAUACAGUAUUAAAAAACCCUGGUAACUCAAAUUCUGAAGGGGAGCAAAAAAUAGUUAGAGUUAGUGGGGAGUUAGAGUUAUUGGGGUAAAUUUCAGUGAAAUUUUGUUGAAGGUAAAGGAAAUUGAGUUUGAGUUAGUGGGGAAUUUGAGUGAUCUGAGUUCGCGUUAUCGAGGGUCUACUGUACUACCAAGGAACUAUACGUCACCCAUGUGAAACAAUUUAUGACUUGACUGAUCGCGUUAAAUCCAUUUUGCAGGGAAACAAAUGGAGAUGCCUCUGAAUCAGCCCUGUUAAAAUGUAUCGAGCUUCAAGUAGGGAGUGUAACUCAGAUGCGACAGAAAAACAAGAAGCUUGCAGAAAUUCCAUUUAACUCAACCAACAAGUACCAAGUGUCUAUUCAUGAACAGGAAAAUGCUGAUGAUCCUCGAUAUCUACUUGUAAUGAAAGGUGCUCCAGAGCGUAUCCUAGAGCGUUGCUCUACAAUCCUAAUUCAAGGAAAGGAAGAAACAUUGGAUGAUGAUAUGAAGGAGGCGUUUGAAAAGGCAUACCUAGAGCUCGGUGGUAUGGGAGAACGUGUGUUAGGCUUCUGUCACUUUUACCUGAAUGUUGAAGAGUUUCCACCUGGAUUUGAAUUUGUUACUGACGAUGUAAGCAAUUGAUAGUGUAGUCCUUGAAACUUAACUAUCUUAUCAUCUAUCGUUUAUUUGGCAAAGGUGCUAUUUACAAAUUGUUGGUUUCCUUUCAAAGAAAACCAGCAAAUACAUUUUAAAAAUGACAUAAGUAAACAAGCAUUUACCUGGCUUUUUUCUUCUUUCCAACAAAAGGCCUUAAAAAGUGAUAAUAAAUAAUCUGUGGAUACAUGGAUUUGGAUAGUACUUGUAUACUUUCAUAGUUUUGGGCCCUUUAUAAUUUUUUAAGAAAACUAAGCAAAUAAAAGAUUUGCACUGUGAUUAGCAGCAUAGUGAUAAAAAAUUUGUUUUUAAUUUGCAGCCUCCUAAUUUUCCACUUAAAGACUUGUGCUUUGUUGGUCUAAUGUCCAUGAUUGAUCCUCCUCGUGCCGCUGUUCCUGAUGCUGUCAGCAAAUGUCGCAGUGCAGGAAUCAAAGUUAUCAUGGUCACUGGUGAUCACCCAAUCACAGCAAAGGCCAUUGCAAGGGGUGUGGGAAUCAUUUCUGAAGGUGAAGAAUUUUUUCAUCUUACCUAUUUCCUACAUUCUUGUUAGGCCCAUAAAAGAGAUAAUUAUUGGAUUAAUUUUCAAAUCAGACAGAGCUUACAAUUUUUCAUUGAACACAGCCAAGAGUAAGAUGGAAAUGGUGCAGAUUACAUGCAAUUUUAUCCUUUGAUUAAAUUAUAAUAUUCUACUUUUGGUUAUGGUAAUGUAUGAAAACAAGAAUAUCCCUUGUGCAAGAGAAAGUGUAACAUUGAAAAUCAUAUGCUUGCAAAUUACAAAAUUUAUCACCAGUGAUAUUAUUCUGGUUGCUGUGGUGUCAAUAUAAAUGUACAGUAAAAUUCACAUGUUGAUAGCAUGCUCUGUGGUUCAACAGUGAUACCAGCUUCAAAAGAGUGUGACAUCAUCUUACCAUCAGAAACAACAAACAUCUGAGUGUUUUGACUGUGUGUAAAGUGUUUCAGUGUUUAUUUUGUCUUUAAAUAGUGUUUGCAAUGAGAGGACUCGUUCUAGUAAGUUGAUAAGUGAGCUCACUGCUUCAAUUAUUAUAGAUGAACUCAUUGGUUGAAAAUGUCCUCCUUUAUUUAUUUGAUUUGUGUUUUGCUUUCUAUGCAAUAUCUUCGGCCGUUUUGUGUUCAGCCCAACCUGACUUGCAUGUGAUUCAAAGUUUAAGCAAUUAAAAAUCAAACAAUCUUUUGGGAUUGUCUCUUGUACCUUCAUCCAAGGACAUAGGGGCAUGGGGAAAGAAAAAGAGACAUACCAAUUUGUGACUCUGAUGAAAACAAUCCAAUCAGACAUAGGGGUGGCCUUACUUAUGUAAUCACAAUUAAACUCAUCGCUAGUGAUGAGCUUGGGAGCAGGUGCCUUAAAGGUUAGUGGGGGGCCAAAUGCAAUAAGCAGAGAGGACGUAUCCAUGGCAACCCUGGAAGCGGGAACCACCCCAAGAGCAGCCACUAACCGCCACCGUCACACUGAAUGAAUUCAGUGGAGAUACUUACCUAAGAGAAUAUACUUACCUGAGAAAAUACUUACCAAACCACCAGGCACGGAGGGAGGAGAGGGAGAAAGAAUCCGCAAUGAUUGGCAAGAAGGCAAACAUUGAUCCGCUACGAUCAGCAAGAAUCCGCAAUGAUUGGCAAGAAGGCUAAAAAUGAUCCGCUACGAUCAGCAAGCAAAGCUACAAUGCGAAGCAACACUAGCAAAAGGGCACACAAGGAGCCCUGCAAAUUCCCCGCGGGCCACCCCGUAGGUCACAUACUGAAGUGGGAGAAGACCGCUGGUCAACUCGCUCGAGUUUAACUUUGCCUAAAUGAUAUUUAGCCACAUUUAAACUCAUCGCUAAUGAUGAGCUUGGGAGCAGGUGCCUUAAAGGUUAGUGGGGGGCCAAAUGCAAUAAGCAGAGAGGAGGUAUAAUUUAACCAAGGGGAAAAUUGAACCACAGCAAAGACACUUUUUUUAACUGAUUUAGGGACGGAGACUGUGGAGGACAUUGCAGAAAGGCUUGGAAUUCCUGUGGCUGAUGUGAAUCCACGUGAUGCUAAAGCCAUUGUUGUACAUGGAGGACAGUUAAAGGUAUCACAAAUUAUUUUAAGUGGAAGAUCAACUGUGCCAAUUGAAAGUAUAAUACAUUGCUAACCCUUUUGGCUACUGUGUAUAUUUCAGGACAUCUCGAGUGAAAAGUUAGAUGAAAUUCUAAAGGAGCACACAGAGAUUGUUUUUGCCAGAACCUCUCCACAACAGAAGCUUAUUAUUGUGGAGGGCUGUCAGCGGCAGGGUGCAAUUGUUGCUGUUACAGGAGAUGGCGUCAAUGACUCACCAGCUUUGAAGAAGGCUGAUAUUGGUGUGUAAAUUAAUAUUAGAUAACAUCAACCUUCCAACCUUUCUUGUGUGCUAGUGAUGUCCAUGUUUUUGUCUUUUCAAACCUGCUGAAACUAGUAUAAAAACAAAAAAUAAUCUGCAAAAUGAUCACUUUUUACAAGAAUUUGAAGGGAUUUAGCCUUGGGAUGGAGGAGCAUGGUGAAGUGAUGGAUGGAAGUCUUACAAACAAAAUGUGUGAAAUCAAAGUGAUUUUGCACUACAUUGUAUCUUCUCUUACCUUAAACUGAAGCUUUUGUCUCUGGUUCCAGGUGUUGCUAUGGGUAUUGCUGGUUCAGAUGUGUCUAAACAGGCUGCAGACAUGAUUCUACUGGAUGACAACUUUGCUUCAAUUGUCACUGGGGUUGAAGAAGGUAAUUAUGGAGCAUAUACUAAUUGGGGCUGCUUUGAAUUUUGUUGCCAGGCUGAGACUAUCUGGCUAUCUUAAAUCAAAGUAGCUUAUACUGUGCUUCCUAUUUAACCACUUCUUGCAAGUGAGAGGUUGUCCCUCAAGCAAAUUAUUUAAAUUGGAACCUCUUGCUUGUGACUUACAGUUCUUUUUAUCUGAAAAGUUAUGAUGAAUGUGUUUGUUUUUAGCUAUGGUAGGCAACCACCUUAUCUUUGCAGCAGGCGUAGGUCUUUUUUUUUUCGGGCGAAAAGAGAAUAUUCAAGUACACACAUGCAAGUUAAGGAAAGGAGAGGGAGCGCCUGCAGCCGAGCAGCUGCAGCUGACAUCAGACCGAAAGGGGAAGAAAACCAUAGCGGUGCAUAAAGCAAACAAUGCAAUUUUAAAUUAAUACUUAUAGGGGCAAACAGAAUGAACAAACAGCCUUACCUCAGUCCCACUUUGUCCUGUCAUCAACAAAGGAUGCCAUUGUAUUCGUGUUGAACAAUGAUGGCGAUUUUCAUGAAAUUCAUUAAUCAUUUGUCCAAUGCCACAUAGCUGAGGCCAUACGAUGUUAUAAGUUCCUUGCAGUAUUUCUUUUAAACAGUCCAGUUUUUCUUUCGAAACACACAUGCUUACAUUUCCAUGGAAGUUACAGCAGCUGCUUGAAUUAUGCUUUGCGACGGGGAAAUAAUGUCAAUGCUUGUAAAGACGGUUUCGGUCUUCAGACCCCAAUAAAAAUACCGUGAAACCUCCAUUAAGCAGACACCUUCGGGACCCUCCCAAGUGUCUGCUUUAUAGAGGGUGUCUGCUUAAUAGAGGUUGUAAAAAAUUGUGCAAUGUUCGUGUUUGUCAACGAUCAACAUUCAAGGGUUACUCUCUACUGUGAUAAAGUUCUAUGUUGUGACGAAUGCUAAGGAAGCUGUGCUGUACUUUGUGCAAGACUUUAGGGUAAAGGUUAAUUGCAGAUGACAAUCAUACCGCUGGAUAUCUGUCUAAUCUACAGUUUAUUGACAGCUAAAUGUACUGAUUUAUCAUUAUUCAUCGACUACAGUUUGUACUUCAAGGACGAUAUCCAAUACUACUAUUGUCGAUUCAGUCCUGUGUCUGCUUAAUAGAAGUUUUUAACAAUAGAACAGGGUUUGUAUGGGCCCUGGAAAACCUGGAAAGUCAUGGAAAUUUAAAAUUUCAAAAUCCAGGCCUGGAAAACCUGGAAAAUAUGUGUUGGUCCUUGAAAGUCCUGGAAAAUCUCCGGUAUGCCAUUAUACUAUAAGCAAUAAUGUGAUUGGUGGGAAGGAAACUGAUCAAGUCAAAUGUUGUGCAACAACAUCUUUUUCGUGCGUUUUGUGUCAUCGCAAAUUCAGGAUGAUCGGAGUCAACAGUAUCUUUUGCACAAAUGACGCCAUGUGCCAUUCGUUAUGACAUCAUCUAUCAUCCCUUUGCUAUCAAUUCUCAAUAUUUGAAGACGUGGGGGGGUUGACAGCCCUGCAGAAAUCACAGGAGAGGGAGUAAGCACAAAGAAUUAGCAGCGUUAAUAGCUGAGCGGUCAUUGCCAAUUACCCAGUUUAUGUCUUCAAAGGCAGCAUCUUCAUCUAGCUCUGACCAACCUGGUCCUUUGAUGUCUUGUGGCUUACAUUCCAGCCCUGAAGUACGUGAUGCAAGUGCUGAAACACUAAGCUCAUCUGCUUCUCUUAGAGAAACGGUUGAAAAACAGUCGAAAACCGGUCAGUAAGUAGCACAGUCAAAACAUCGUCGGAGUUCCUCAAAACGAAAACUUGAAGAAGCUUCUAAAAUCGACAGCGAAAUAGACCAGAAGCUGCAGACUCUUGCAGAAACAUAGCAAAAAUGCUACAUAGCUUGUUGGUUUAAUUGUUUGGAUUGUUUCAGUUUUCCUGGGUAUUACUGGUCCUGGAUUUUUGUAAAUAUGGUCCUUGAAAGUCCUGGAAAAGUCCUGGAAUUUUGAUGGACCAGUGGUGUACAAACCCUGAUAGAAAUUAGCCAAAUACAACUUAUAUUAGUGUCUGCAUCCACUUAAUAGAGGUGUCCACUGAAUAGGGGUUCAUUAUAAAGGGAAAUAUAAGAUGUUAAUUUCAGGACCCAGAUUAGUGUCCACUUUAUAGAGGGUGUCCACUUAGUUGGCAGUCUACUUAACACAGGUUUCACUGUAACUGGAAAAUUUAACUUACUCUCAACUCAUUUGGUAAUACUGCCAAAACAUCUUUACUGAAAAGAUGGCGCAGUGGUUUUUCGAAAAUGAAAACCAAAAUCGAAAAUCUCUUCAAACGAAUCUCUUUAAAAGAACACUUCUUGCAAGUACAAUUCAAACAGUUCCUCAGUGGUGAGCCAUGCGGCACAUGUGUUUUGUUUGCAAGACUCGAAUUUCCAUUAACUAACAAAUAAUGCAUUGAGGUGACAGACUAACUCCCAAGAGGCGUUCUUAGCCAUUGACAUUCUAUGCACCAUCAGAGAAUGUAGAAAACGGAAAACUAGGGCCUUUGCUGCAGGUGCCUUCUCUCACCUUCGUGUGUUCCCCUCACAUGGCCUUUAAAAAAGAUUAACCAACACCUGCUAUGCAGCCUACUGUGCAUCACACAGGUGCAAAUUAAAAAUUGCUUAACGAUGGCACGUUUAUGGAUUUGUAAAAACACUACAACUAACACUGGUCAACACUUCAUCAAAUUGAUUUUAAUUGGUGCAACGAACGGAUCAUGUAUCUUAAAAAAUGCCUGACCAUGUUACCGUUCUGAUGAAAUAAGUCAAGUUUGCACUGCACUAUACACUAAAGUGCUGAAAAAUUAGUAACUAUCAAGUUUUAAUAUGGCAAAAUUGAAUAUUUUGCAAAUAUCGACACCAAUAACUGGAACCCUUGUUAACUCAAACUGUUUUCUUUUCCCUUAAGAGUUUGAGUUACUGGGGUUCUACUGUAGUUUACCUAUGGUAAUUGUUGGUAUUAACCCUUCAUUUAUAUACUGACCAAAACUUUUACUGUCUUCACUGUUACCUUUGUAAGCAAGCACCAAAAAUAUCAAGCCAAAGUCCUCUUUGUAUAAUCCUACUGUAUCAAGUCUGUUAAUGAUUAUUCAUCAUGGCGUUUUUCAGCUGAAGUUAGAUGAUGAGAACACCAUGCUGCCUUCCUUCUGACAACAGAAGGAGUCAUUGAAUAAGUGUGCGCUGUGUGUAAUUUUUAAUGACAGGGAAUCAACAAACAGUCAGCAAUUAGAUAGAGCAGCAGCUGCAUCACUUUAUAAGUACAAAAUACUUUAAUCACGAUUCAUAAAUGUAUGCAUAACAAUUUCUACCCUGAGUAUCUUAAGGACUUAUUAACUUUGUGCUCAUCAAUAAUAAUAAUAAUAAUAAUAAUAAAGAUUUCGAGGUAGCACAUCCACAAAGUGGUUCUUUGUCUACCUGAUUCCUGGUCGAAUUGGAGUUUGGAAAUGCUGGUUUUUGAGGAGAGGGGAAAGUGGAGUACCCAGAGAAAAACCUCUCAGAGCAAGGGAGAGAACCAACAACAAACUCAACCCACAUAUGGAGUCGAAGCCGGGAUUUGAACCCGGGCCACAUUGGUGGGAGGCUAGCCCUCUCACCACUGCGCCGUCCCAUGCCCCCCAUCAACGGUCUGCUCUCUUAGAGGAACUGAUAUAUUGUCAUUGUGGAGACCUGCUUCCACUUCUUAUGGUCUUCACUCUUUUAAUUAUUUUGCCUGUAAAACUUGGAACUCUUUACCUGAGAAAAUUAGAAUGGAGUCUACUCUGGCUGGUUUUAAAUGUCUAAUACGAACCAUCUCCUUUCAUAGCACUAAGCAUUUAUUUAAUAGAUAUUUUUCUGUAUAUAAUGAAACAUGACCCUCAAUACUAGAUAAUAGGGAGCCUAAGUAACUACAUUGACAACGACAAUAACAACUUCAAAAAACAAUGGAUUUAAUGAUCAAAACAACAGCUCUGCAUGUGCAUCAUGCUCUUUAGUACAUUUCUUUGACGUCCACUGCACGACUACGACGUGAAUUUGACGUUUUAUGGAGGACAUGGACAUACGACGACGAAUUUUCCUUCCUCCUUUUGAAAGUCACCUGCAUUUGACACAUUGAACGGGGCCAAAUAGACGCGAUUAAGUUUCAAAGAACGCAAAUUCAUUUUUUUAGCGACGUUUUCUUUCCCGCCAUCGUCGUUGUUGCUUAAGGUCCCUAAUGAUUAUUAGUACUCAGUAAUGUUAUUUCAUUUUUUUUUUCUUUUCUCGAAGAUAUUAGCUUUUGAGCUACUCUGUAAUUUCGAGGUAAAAUAAAGUCAUGCACAGACAUACAAGGUUGUAUCCUGAGGUUUUCAACCAAGUAGUGAUGUCACUUUUGUAAUGACAUGACAACUGCACUAUUAAUACUUGACUAUCAUGAUUCUUACUAACAGCAGACUGAACGGCUUGUUUUGUAUCCCUAGGUCGUCUGAUCUUUGAUAACUUGAAGAAAUCGAUUGCAUACACACUGACCAGUAAUAUUCCUGAGAUCACACCAUUCUUGAUGUUUAUCAUUAUUGGCAUCCCUCAGCCACUUGGCAUUAUCACCAUAUUGUGCAUUGAUUUAGGAACUGAUAUGGUAGGUGUUACUUUUCAGCUUCUUAUGGCAAUGCUUAAGUAAUGGCACUGUUUUUGAACCUGCAUUUGGUAACAAAUUAGUACUGUUAAGGUGGAUACUUACUCACACAGUCCCAAAGUGGAGGUUUGCAUUUUCCAUUCUGAGAUCUCUCCUUUGUUAAAUGUGUAAUACUGUAUCUCUUUCAUGGAGACCCAAUUCUUGCUGACUGCUUAUUUUCUGCUCUUUAAUGUUAGGUUCCUGCUAUUUCAUUGGCUUAUGAAAAAGCAGAAAGUGAUAUCAUGAAGAGGACACCUCGUGAUCCCUUACAUGACAAACUUGUGAAUGAAAGGUGAGAACACAGACUGACUCUAGCACUUUUAUUAUUAUUAUUAUUAUUAUUAUUAUUAUUAUCAUUAUUAUUAUUAUUAUUAUUAUUUGAUUUGCCUUGCCUCUUUUGACCCUUCAUUGUUGUUUCUUAUCUUUUUCAGAUUGAUUGCUAUGGCUUAUGGACAGAUCGGUUUUAUCCAGGUAUUAUCACGUGCAGCACAGUCAAGGAAUUUCUCAUUCACUUUGCUGCUGAUAUUAUGCAUUUCUUAAACUGAAAAGAAAAUCAAACUAUGCUUGCAAGAAAGUUGAGGAUCAAAAGUACAAGGAAAAUAGCCUUGCAAGUUUUUGCUUCCUCUUGUUUUUGGGUUAUCAUUGCUAUUUACACCUUGAUAGUUUCAGCUGUGUUUUUAAAUUUAUUUCCUAUUUUGAAUUUUUGUUAGGCUCUGGGAGGCUUCUUCACUUACUUUGUUAUUAUGACCGAAAAUGGAUUCCGGCCAAUUCGUUUGUUUGGCAUCCGAGCAGAGUGGGAAGACAAGAAUGUUCAUAGUGUUAUGGACAGUUAUGGACAAGAAUGGGUCAGUAUGCUGAGCUUGAUAAUAGAUUUACUAGUAACAAAUUGAGAGAUUUGACUUGGUUUUAAAUAUUGUUGAUGUUUUUGUUUUACAGUCAUACAGUCAGCGUAAAGAGUUGGAGUACACUUGCCACACUGCUUUCUUUGUCAGUAUAGUCGUUGUUCAGUGGGCUGAUUUAAUCAUCUGCAAGACUCGCAAAAAUUCUAUUAUUCAUCAGAAAAUGACGUGAGUACUACUUCAGACAUGAGCGAGUUCAGCUGUCUGUUAAUUGGCCUGAUUACACUUGUUCUCACCACGAUGGAGGUUUUGCCUUUCUGAAAUUUUUUAAAGAGUGGGAGCAUCAAUUUUUGCCCAAUCCUUGGUAGUUUAACUUUUCUUUUCCUUGCAGAAAUAAGGCUCUGAACUUUGGCUUAGUGUUUGAGACUGCCUUGGCGGUAUUACUGUGUUAUACGCCCGGCCUCUCAACUGGUUUGCGGAUGCAGCCAUUAAGGUAAGUUUCUCUCUAUUACCUCAUCAUAAAUCAGACUCAAACCACUCCAGCCUGUGAUCCCCUUCCCCACUCCAGCCUGUAAUCCCCUUCCCCACUCCAGCAUGUGAACUCCUCCCCCAUCCCAGCCUGUGAGCACCUCCCCCACACCAGCAUGUGAACACCUCCCCACUCCCACCCAUGAACUACCCCCCCUUUCCCUCCCUUUCUGUGGCGCUUUCUGGCAGGCACAAACAACCCUUUCAACCUAUUAAACGUGUUCAAUGUUGUUAGAUGUACAUAAUUAACAUUUUUCAUCCAUGUUUUUGUUUUUUUUCAGGUUUGCGUGGUGGUUUCCUGCUGUUCCUUUCAGCUUGCUCAUCUUUGUGUAUGAUGAGUGCCGCAGAUACAUCAUCCGUAGACAUCCAGGCUGUAAGUUUUUGUUUGUUAUAGAUGUUUGUUUAUUUUGCUUUUAUUGUGUUGAUUGUUCCCAUGUGGCACCCUUUAGGAAGUCAUGUUUUCUUUGACACAGUGCCCCAUUCGAUUUGAAACUAAAAUGUAGACUACUCUCACACUUGAAAACCCACCCUUCGUCCAUCACAGGGGAUGUUUGAAACAAGUGCAAAUGUGGUAAGGACUACUUCCAGACACCUAUGGGUUAAUUCUCAAAAUUGUUUUUUUUUCUUUUUGUCAGGUUGGCUGGAACAAGAAACUUAUUAUUAACCAAGGCUGGCCCGUAUUACGAGAUGUUUCCAUGAAAGAGAUGGUGAAUUGAAAUUAUUUGAGCGUUUGGAUAAAGUUUUUUCAUUUGACAAUUUUUAACGAUAAAAUUUGCAUCAUUCGUCCCUUGUAUGAAAUAUUGUGUAAUUUUCGUUAAAUUCAGGACUUGGCACUGGUAUUUUAAGCAAUAUCCUGAGGUCUUUUUCAUACUUUGCUUAAUAUAAUAUUCACGCAUAUUAUUUGGAGUAAAAUUAUUCAACAUUUUUAUGACAAAAUUUUUAUUUGUUGUUUUUUAAAGCCGGCAUCCAAGUUCUCUUUGGAAAUACUCACUCACCUUAAUCAUUUAAGAAGUAUCCUCCCACGCUCAUGUCCUUAAGAUUUCACGUGUUCCUGCCCGUUGAAAGUGUAAGGGCUAGGAAUGCGUUAGCCUGUGCCAGGCUCUCAGAUAGUAUAGUGGGAACAUAUUAAAACGAGCAAAGCGAAAAUACUCCCCUGCCCCCGCGCGUUUUUCUCAUUUCUUUUUACUGAACGACUUUCCACCACUAUCUCGGAGCCUGGAACAGGCUAGGAAUGCGUGUGUUCUUAUGACUUUAUCACGUGUAGGAACGCGUGUGACGAAGGCCUACUGACGCCAGCGUUGGAGGCUACUUAAGAGGAGCUGGGGAUGGUUGUUUCUUUCUUUGUGUUUAGUUAAGAUACUCUUUUAAGCAUACAGGGAAAAGGUAUCUGCUUGUUGAAGCUAAAGCGCCCCUCACAUUCCCACUAACUUUGCAGACUGCUCCAAAUCUGAGUAGUCAUCGCCCACCAACACAACAACAUUUCAAAUUGACAUUAAAUAACAGGGAC